AUGUCUCGCCGUCGUGCCUCUCACAGCGAAUCAUUGGGAAUCUCAUCUACUAUGAACGAAGCUCUUGCCUAUCCUUUCUCCGGGAUGCAGCAAAGCAAUGCUCCACAGCGACGCGGCCCGAUCGAAGGGCCCAACGGUCGACGCUUGAUUCGUAGGGUCACCUGGCGAUCCUCCACGUACAAGUUGAUGGCUUGUUUGUGGGUGUUGGGUGUCUUUUAUAUCGUCUGGCUGAUCCGGGAUGUCUUCUACUACCCCUUCUACGCCUCUUCCAAACAGCCUUUCACCCCCAAAGACACGAAUGAUUUACUGGCUCCCUAUGUGGGUCGUCAAGAGUGCGACAUUUCUUCCCUGUCCCUCUUCAGCCCCCCUCAACCCGGUGAUGGCGAACGUGCUUCAAGCAAUCCAUACUGCCAAUCUCGUGAUGCCCUGCUCAACGCCAUGAGCAAUGGCGGGCGUCACGGCUUUGACGCUGCGUAUACCUCUCAAGGCAAGUGCCAAAUCGAUGGAUGCUCUUAUCGUUGGUUCACUAGCGCCGAAGUAUGCGACAUUCUUCGGAAAUUCGAUGGAAUCGUCUUCGUGGGUGAUGAUACCUUGGCCGAUGCCUAUGCAGGCUUCAACAUUCUUUUGCGGGAGGACCUGGCCACUGGAUCCCUGAGAGAGUGGGAGAUAAACAAAGGACAUGGCCAUGAUUGCCGAUGUGAAUCCCAGUUCACCAGUAGAUCGUGCCUACCUCUGCGGAUUACUUCCAGUGAUGAGGUAUACGCCCAAGAAGGAAGCAGUGCCCCUCGCAGGCCUUACGCUUGUUCAUCCCGUAUUCCUCAUGCCUUCCUCGCUACAGCCAGUUCUCCUGCCCCAAGGGGUGUGUAUGACAAAUUUCGUCGAAUGGUCGCCCGAGGAGUUGGCCGGAACAGACCCGUUCCCGUGAUCCUGAGUCUUUCCCUUUCCACAUCCUAUUCCCUGUCUACAGCUAAAAGCAGCAUGGAUGAAUGGCUUACACUGGCUCAGGCCAGUGGACGGAACACCCCUUUUCUCUGGGUAGGUCCGACAGCUCCUGGGCUUCAAAAGGACUCGAGGGACAACAUCCACGCAUCCAGCUGGCAGUAUUCACAAGACACCGCCCAAGAAGCCCGCAACAGAGGCUUGGAUGCUCUGGGAAUGUACAAUGCGACCCUUCAAGCUGAUAGUUGGGAUGGUAAGCACUACGGAGAGAAGGUAGCUUUGAUACAAGCGAUGAUGGUUAUCAACUGGCUGGCUAUGCUCUGA